GGCCACCAGCUCCCUAACGUUUACCAGCCUUGGCUGAGGCAAUAUUUCCCGAAAGUCCGGUGCCGCUGUGACGGGCCCCUUGUGGCGUUUGGUUGCUCAUCAUUUUAUCUAAAAAAAUUUGGAUUAUCACUACUAUUUCUCCGUCUUUGGGCGUUUAAGCUGCGGGACAAUGAUGGAGAUGGGAGAUUCCAACCAGGACCUGGACUUGAUUGACAUACUUUGGAAGCAGGACAUCGACCUCGGUGCCAGGCGAGAGGUUUUCGACUACAACCAUCGGCAGAAGGAGCACGAGCUGCAGCGGCAGCGCCAGUUGGAGGAAGAAAAGAAGCUGCAUUUGCUGCGGGAGCAAGAGAAGGCCCUGCUGGCGCAGCUGAAGCUAGAUGAAGAGACUGGAGAGUACAUACCUCACACAAAACCCAUCCUCCCUCCGCAGCAGGCUGUCGUAUCCAUCGAAAUUUCUCAGGAUGCUAACUUCACUGAGGAGACUGGAGAUGGCAUGUCAUUUGACGAAUGUUUGCAACUGCUGGCAGAGACAUUUCCUGUAGGGGAAACUGAGAAUCCUUCAGUUUGCAUGGAGCUGCCUCCUGUCUCGGUGUACCCCAGUGGCACCAUGAUGCCCUCUGAACAGCCGGCCCUGUCCCCCGCUGUCCUCCCAAACCCGCUGACUCCUCCACAAAGAGUUACCCCCGAUCUGGAGGAGGCCUGGAUGGAGAUUCUGUCCCUCCCAGAGCUUCAGUGUUUCAAAAUGCAAGUGGAUGAAACAAUGGAGGCCACAAAUUUUCCGAUUCAGACCAGUCCUCAAGUGCAGAAUCCAAGUUACCCAAACAACCAGUUGUUCCCAAAUACUCCUUACUACCCUAUGCCCAGUGCCUCAGAUUUAAAAACAAAAAAUUUAAAUGUUGGUCCCGGAGAAUUCAUGAAUACUUGUGAUGGCCCUGUUCCCAGUAUGGCUCCAUCUGACAUCAGCCAGAUAAAUGUGGAAGACCCUCAGGUGAAUCCAAACUUUACCCCAGACAGCUUUUGUUCCAGUGUCUUUUAUCCUGACACCAUCGUGGAAGAGAGCAGCAGUCAGCAUGGCCACGAGGAAAGUGAAAAUGUGUCCGAGAUACCAAGCAAGCCCUCGUUUACGCCCAUGGACCUGUACACCCUUUCACCUGAAGAUGUGUUUGACAGAAGCAAACGGCUGCCAGCAGAUUUCCCAGAUUCAGAUUCAGGAAUUUCGACUCACUCCAGUCCUUAUUCCAGCUCCCCCAGCAAAUCUGCUUAUGGAGGGGGCUCCUAUAAUUUUAGUGAUUCCGAAAUGGACGACCUGGACCACAACCCCGGCAGUGCUGAGUCUGACUACUCGGAGAUGUUCAGCUUGAAUUUCCAACCCGAGGAUCUUGAACUAGCAAAACCAGAGUCGGAACAGACUGGGCAGUGCAAGCAGCUCGACAAGAAACCAAAGCAACAUAUGGAAGAUCCGGCUGAAGAGAGUGGUCACAGCGGCACACCGUUCACCAAAGACAAACCAAAGAAACGCUCCGAUGUGCGUCUCUCUCGAGAUGAGCAGAGGGCGAAGGCCCUUAAAAUCCCCUUCACAGUCAGCAUGAUCAUCAACCUGCCCGUCGAUGACUUUAACGAGAUGAUGUCAAAGCACGAGCUGAACGAGGCCCAGCUGGCCCUGGUCCGCGACAUUCGUCGCCGUGGCAAGAACAAGGUAGCCGCUCAAAACUGCCGCAAACGCAAGAUGGAGAACAUAGUGGGUCUGGAGCAUGAACUGGACUUGCUAAAGGAAGAAAAAGAGCGUCUGCUGGACGAGAAGAGUAAAAACGCCACAAACCUGAAGGAAAUGAAGCGACAGCUUAACAGCUUGUACCUGGAGGUCUUUGGCAAGUUGAGGGAUGAGAAGGGGAAUUCAUACUCCCCGUCGGAGUACUCCCUGCAGCAGUCCACAGACGGCAGCAUCUUUCUCGUCCCUCGCAUGAAAAAGACUUUUAAGAUCUAGGAAAGCCACUUUUCGCCUUUGUAAUAGUGUAUUUCAGCACCAUAGAAACUAUGCAAUAACUUUGUAGUAGCUCAGCUUUAAGGUGUGGCAGCCUGGUGGAAGCAUUCAUUCGUUUUUGCUAACGUCUCAUGAAUGUUGUAAUAUUUUUGAUAUUUUACUUAUUUUAUACUCCAAUAUUGUCACAGUCUCUAUAAACAAUAUUUUGUAAAUAUUAAGCCUCACCUGCUAUUGAGAUUCCUAAGAAUGUCCUGUGCGUGUAUAUAUUGUAUAUAUAUCAUAUUUCCGUAUGCCUGUGAUUCUGUCAGUUACUUUUUAUAACUCAUCUAAUUUGCUGUCCAGUUAAUUUAAAUUCUUUCUUCUAUGCUUUUAAAUAAACAAUUUAAAAACCUA